GUGACGCCGCACCAGCCCCCUUUGCUGUACGACCCCCGCCAGCCGCAACAGCAGCAGCAGCAGCAGCAGGGCCCACAGCAGCUCGUGUCCCUGCCCCAGGACGGCCAACAGGAGGGCCAGCAACAGCCACUCGAGCUGCACGUGCAGCCCGGGCUCACACAGGAGCAGGUCGCGCUGGCGCAGGAGCAAGAUCAGUCCACACCCUGGCCGGUGGUAUACGCGUCAGACGUCCAGCAACAGCAGCCACAGCAUCAGCAGCUGCACCUACAACAGCAGCAACAGCUGCAACAGCAGCAGCUGCCCCAGGACGCC